AUGUCCUCUAGACAAGCCCACUAUCAGCCUCUUGAAAAUGCCACUGAAGUAGAACUCGAUGGAGGCGAUCGGUCCGACGACGACCCCAAAGAACCCCAGACCUACACUCUCCGCUCUGGUCCACCUGCGGGCGACGCCGCUUCGGCAAGCGAGGUCGCUCUGCUAGGCUUCUCCGCCCAUGACAGGUCCCCCAGAAGACGAAAAUACUCCGAUUCCGUUGCCAGCCGCUUCUGCGCCGGCCGCAGACUCACCAAGCAAUACAUCACCCUCUCAGUCCUCCUCUUAGCAGUCAUUGUCUCCGUCAUUAGUGGCGGGGGCUAUUGGUUCUAUACUCAGGGUCAAAUCAAUGGGCAGUCUCCGCCAUGGUAUCCGACACCGCAAGGCGGGACAUUGCCAUCAUGGCAAGACAGCUACGACAAGGCUCGAAAAUUGGUUGACCGCAUGAGCCUCGUGGAGAAGGUCAACAUCACCACGGGCACAGGAUGGGCAAUGGGCUUCUGCGUGGGCAAUACUGCCCCAGCACUGAGCGUUGGUUUUCCGAGUCUUUGUCUUCAGGACGGGCCUUUGGGGAUACGAUUCGCAGAUCAUGCUACUUCGUUCCCUGCUGGUAUCACGGUGGGCGCCACCUGGAACCGAGAUCUGAUGCGUCGCCGCGGUGCUGCUCAUGCACGUCAGGCUAGGCUCAAGGGCGUCAACGUCAUUCUUGGGCCAGCAAUGGGACCGCUGGGUCGAAACCCGGCUGGUGGUAGAGAUUGGGAAGGCUUUGGCAGCGACCCAGUCCUGCAAGGCGUAGCAGCAUACGAGACCAUUCAAGGCAUCCAAUCGCAGGGUGUCAUGGCAACUGCAAAACACUAUAUCGGCAACGAGCAAGAGCAUUUCCGUCGAGGCCUGGAAUGGGGUCUCCCAGAGGCCCUUUCUUCCAACAUGGAUGAUCGCACUCUGCACGAAGUCUACGCUUGGCCAUUUGCUGAGAGCGUAAGAGCCGGAGUGGCCAGUAUUAUGUGUUCUUACCAGAUGGUCAACAAUUCUUAUGCUUGUGCGAACAGCAAGUUAAUGAAUGGCAUUUUGAAGGAUGAACUCGGUUUCCAAGGCUUUGUCCAGUCAGACUGGUUGGCGCAACGCAGUGGUGUCGCCAGCGCUCUUGCAGGCCUCGAUAUGUCCAUGCCAGGUGAUGGACUGUAUUGGCAGGAUGGAAGAUCCCUUUUUGGUAAGCAGCUCACCGUCGCAGUGCUCAAUGGCUCGCUUCCCAUGACUAGGCUCAACGAUAUGGUCACACGGAUAGUUGCUGCAUGGUAUCAGCUGGGACAAGACUCCUGGUCCUCUGAGGGGCCCAAUUUUUCCUCAUGGACCACCGACGAAUAUGGCUAUCCACACCCUGGUAGCAGCAGCAAACAAGACAAAAUCCUCGUCAACAAGUAUGUCGAGACUGAGAACGACCAAAGCCGACAGUUGGCUCGAGAAGUGGCCAGCGAGGGCAUCGUCCUGCUGAAGAACGAAGAUUCAAUCUUGCCGUUGAGCUCUGCACUUUCCGAGUUGGGGCCUGGCACUCCCAAGCGAGUCGCCGUUCUUGGGGAGGACGCCGGCCCUGGGAAAGGUCCCAAUUACUGCGAAGAUCGAGCUUGCAACCAAGGUACGCUCGCUGUGGGCUGGGGUUCAGGUGCGACCGAUUUUACUUAUCUUGUCGACCCGCUUUCGGCCCUGAAGUCGAGCUUUGACAAGUCUGUGGUCGAAAUAACUAGCUCUCUUACCAACAAGGUGUCUUCUAGCUUGAGUAAGGCCCUCCGUGAACAACACCUGUGCCUGGUCUUUGGUAAUGCAGACGCCGGCGAAGGUCAUCGCAUCUGGCAUAGUCAGCGUGCAGACAGAAAUGACCUGGAGAUUCAAAAGGGCGCUGGUCAAUUGAUCCGCACAGUGGCCGACGCAUGUGGCGGUCCUGUUGUGGUCAUUAUCCAUUCUGUUGGUCCUGUCAUCCUCGAAGAUUUCGCCGGUUUGGAGUCCGUCAAGGCCAUUAUCUUUGCGAACUUGCCUGGUCAGGAAAGCGGAAAUGCCCUGGCUGACGUCCUGUUCGGCCGGACCGAUGCUUCCGGACGGCUACCAUACACGGUCGGCAGGUCUCUUGUAGACUAUGGCCCAGGUGCUCCAGUGCUUUAUUAUCCCAACGCCAUUAUCCCUCAGGUGGAUUUCAAGGAAGGUCUGUUCAUCGAUUAUCGUCAUUUUGACAAGGCCGACAUUGAGCCACGAUAUCCAUUCGGUCACGGGCUGUCGUUCACCACAUUCAAUUUCUCCGACCUGGUUAUCACGAGCCUGAAAUCAAAAUCGCGUCUUCCUUCUUCCCGGCCUUUGACGCUCACCCCGCCAAGGUUUGAUGAGACCAUACCCCCCGUCGAAAGUGCGCUCAUCCCAAGUACAUUCACAAAACUUCGGAAGUUUGUUUAUCCGUACGUAUCUAAAGCGGACAAAAUAAAGAAGGGAAGGUAUCCCUAUCCUGAUGGAUACGAAAUUGUUCAAGAGCCCAGUGCUGCUGGAGGCGGUGAAGGUGGCAAUCCCGCGCUGUUUGAAGAGUAUGUCAGGGUUCAAGUGCGCGUUACAAACACAGGACAUCGCAAAGGAAAGUCUGUCGUUCAACUGUAUGUGUCGUUCCCCGGAGCGAUAAUGGAACCAUCCACCAAUGAGAUCAUCGAGACACCGGUAAGAGUGUUGCGCAACUUCACGAAGAUCGAGCUCGAGGCAGGUUCAGAACAAGUUGUCAACCUCACACUGACACGAAAGGAUCUCAGUUACUGGUCUACGGUCCAACAGAAUUGGGUGAUGCCUGACGGUCCGUUCACCUUAGCCAUGGGUCGCAGUUCCCGAGAUCUGCCUCUGCAGGGGACAUACUGA